GACGACAACCACGGUCGCCACAACACCGUCAGCAUUAAUCUACAGAGUAUCAGGGUCUGUAACCCAAAUCGGGAAGAUAAAGAUACCCCAGUGAAAGGGGAAAGGAAGGGUAAACGGGAUAAAAAAUCUCUUCCCUCACUGGAUCUUCCGCGGGGUGGGCGGAUGAGAGAAAAAAAUAAGAGAAACGAAGAGAAAAGAAAAUUAAAUUCAAGAUGGAAUACCUGAUCCGCUUCGCGCAGGUUCACGAAUCCUUUCGACUCCCUGAGAUCAAAGCAUUAGCAACUCUGGCAGGUGUUGAUCUGGAAGUUGUUUUUUAUGACCAGUUUUCACCAUAUUGCAUUAUCAAUCUAGAGAAUGAAGCAGCUGCACGCUCUCUCAUCGCGCGCAGCAUUCUUGCAAAGGAUAUCUUCGAGCUCUGGGGUCAAGGGACGAACUACGAGGAAGUCCACGCAGAUGUCCGUAGACGAACGGCUCACCGUUGGUCUGGAUACAAGGAUGUAUCUUUCCGCUUCACAGUCGAGUGUUUUGCAGGGAAGCGCAGACUUUCCUCCAAGCGGGAUAUCAUUCAAUCAUUCGCCUAUCUGGACUUCCAGGGCCCAAUCCAGCUGAAAGACCCAGAUGAGGACUUUUGGGUCAUGGAAGACUACGUAUCAGAUGUUGAAUCUGUUCAUGUAGGGAAGGAUCGGCCGCCACAAGAUGAAUCCCAGGAGCCCAAGAGGAUCUACUUUGGUCGUUGGCUGGCAGACAGCAGCCGGGAGAUUGUGAAUAAAUACGACCUAAAGAAGCGUCGAUAUAUCAGCACAACGUCCAUGGAUGCGGAACUGAGCCUAGUCACAGCCAACAUGGCCCUCGCGGCUCCUGGAAAACUCUUCUUCGACCCCUUCGUGGGAACGGGAAGCUUUUGCGUCGCGGCUGCACAUUUCGGAGCGCUGACGAUGGGUUCUGAUAUCGAUGGACGUAGCUUCCGGGGUAAAGAUAGGGGAGAUGGAAAGCCAAUGGGGCUGACGAUGAAUUUUCAGCAAUAUGGUCUUGAAAGCAAGUUCAUGGAUGCUUUCUCCUCGGAUCUCACACAUACACCCUUGCGCGAUUUCCAGUUCCUGGAUGGUAUCAUUUGCGAUCCUCCUUAUGGCGUUCGCGAAGGACUGAGGGUUCUGGGGACUCGGGAUGGAAGAGCUAAGGAGCCUGUUCUGAUAGAUGGAGUCCCUGCUCAUAUUCUUCCCGGCUAUAUCCCUCCUAAAAAGCCAUACGGCUUCGAGGCACUGCAAAAUGACAUCCUCAGCUUCGCUGCCCGGACCCUUGUCCCUGGCGGACGACUGUCUAUGUGGAUGCCAACAGCUGGCCAGGACGAGGUGGAACUGGCGAUUCCAAUGCAUGCAAACCUGGAAGUUGUCAGUGUCUCCGUACAACCAUUUAACAACUGGGCGCGACGACUCAUCACCUACCGCAGACUUCCCGAAGGAGAGUUCUCGGACAUCACAUUCCGGAGACAGAAAGGCGAUGAGCAGGGUGUCAACGCGGAUGAAUUGAAUGAAUUUAGACGAAAGUAUUUUGCCAAAAAGCAGGACAAAAAAGGACCCAAAUCUGGAGAAGGAAAGGCGUCAUGAUUAAAAAAAAAACUAAACAUUACCCAAGAAAUACGGUAUGAGGAUCAAUCUUAGAAAUGAAUAUUUACAAAUUCCCCUGCCGUCUCCGAUACACCGAGUAAUCCAUAUCCACAUCCAAAUCGAUCCCUUCCUCCUCUCGAACCCUCUUGACCUCCGUCUCCAUCUCCACCCUCAUGGCCCUCGCCAAUUCCUCUCCCUCCUCAUCGUCAAGGUCCUCCCUCUGCCCACGACCGAACAUGGCGAAGUUCGGCCUCGCAGCGGGACCGGGGACCUUUAACGGUGGUCUAGGGACGACAUGGAAAUGAACAUGGGGGACCACUUGAGCGGCCCUGGCGCCUGUAAUAAAAGAAAUAUCUGUUCCACUCACCAUUAUUCUGGACAACAUUCCAAUGAGGCUGCGAAUCAGCCCCGUC